AUGUCGAGAGGGACCCAAGGGCUCAGCUGGUCCCAGGACUUCCUCUUACUCUUUAUUCUGGUUCCUGCGGUGGUUGGGCAGUUUACUCUACCGUUCCUUUACAUGCCUUUACGUAGCCUGCUUCCAAAAUAUUUCGGAUCAAACGAAAAAGAUCUGAAAGUAACCACUGAGCACGUGAGAAUCUUGUCUUAUUGGUCUUUGGAAAAAGCAUAUUCUGAAAAGAUGACUAAUAUUUUGAGUCGAUUGGCAAAAACCGAUUUUUACCAGCCAGUAUCAUUUACAGCCGCUGAUUUGAAAGACUUAAGCUAUCAAUGGACAUACGAGAUUCCAUUUGGAAGUGUUAAUGAUUCUUUGAGUAAUGACAGCGUCGCCCUAGCAUUAAAUGCAGCAGAUUUCCAACAGAAACUCUUGAAAUAUACGGGUGAAAAAUUCUUAUUUACUGUCAACAAUGUGGCGUUAAGGUUAAAAAUUCCAAUAAGAAAUCUCUCUCACUCUUAUGAUCCUGGAGACUGGGAGACUGUCGUAAAUGCAAUGGUUUCAGAGAGUUCUUUGGCAUUUAGUAACAAACUCCAACUCUCAUCCGUGGAUGCCUUAGCACGACUGGUGAAAGUAGAGACACAGGAAUUACUAAAACUUACCCUUGGCGCUUUUGAGAAACUGGUUUUUCCUCUCCCUCCAAAGAAGGCGAUUCUUGACGGAAACACGACAUCCACGAUUUUCAAUUCUUCAGAUAUCUCAGAGGCUUUAUAUCCUGAGAGUACUUUGUCAGAAGCCCUAAAACAUGAGGAAAUUAAACUUUCUCCUCAACAAUUCGGUAUUUUGUACAACAUGAGUGAAGAGCAAAUCAAGACUUUAGACCGAUCGACUCUGAAACAGAUUUAUCACAUGUGCAUGAUUCCUAUUCAGGACCUUCUGAAAAAGACGUUGCCUGAUGCUUCUGUAAAUGUUUUUGGAUCAGUUUCUCGUGCACCUCCAUGUCCAGUGUUGAUCAAAAUAAAAGGGAAUUCGAUUUCCUCGUUUCAAACCAACCCAGUGAUCACCUCCGAACAGACGACUGUGCUAAGAAUUCUCACAGAAGUUGCCAAUCUAUCUUGGCACGCCGUCCGCUGGUCGGUAGAUGCUUCUUUAUCGGACUGGGAGUUUCUAGAUGCUGUAACACUCCCACAACUUGCUGAAAUCUCAGGAUAUGAAGAAGAAAGUUUGCGAAACGAUUCUGCGAGCGAGUUAGUCAAACUUGUAUUCUCCCUAAGGGAAAAUGGCACCCUUGACAACUCGACGGAGAGCUAUCGUGCAUUCAUUGCAAAGAGGCUGAUGGAGACAUUCAACCUAACAUUGAACGAGGUGGCUACGUUAACAGGGAUGGCUGAUGGUUCUUUGGUGAACGUUUCGUCCCCUUUCCUGUUCAAAAGCUUCUUCAAUGCAACAGUCGUCUACUUCAAGCUGAAUUCAAGUGAAGUUAUCAAGGCUCUGCAGAUGACCGAAGAAGAUCUUCACUACUUACCAAGACAAAAAUGGAAUGACACGAUUCCUGUCGUAAUUGACGCUGUAGUUAAGAUCGAGGCCACAAAGUUGCAAAUGUCAGUCGCAAACCUGUUUCAGUUGAUAGGAUACAACUCUAAUGAGCUUACCAUUUCUCAGCUCAAGAGGAUUUUCGGAACUCGGAUCCAAGAGGUCAUUGAGAAGAAAACGAGGUUUGAGAGCGAUCCCAUGAUCUGGUAUUUAGCCAACAAUUCUAUCUCAGAUGCUGAUUAUUUGAACACGUCGGUUCAUACCAUGUUGUUAUCUGGAGGUGGCUUCACAGAUGUAGAACUAAACCUCAUUUACGAUCUCAAACUUGAUCAAAGGUUCAUCCUCGAAGGUCUGCAGUUUAGCGACCUACCUCGUGUUUGUCAGUUUAAUACCUCUGCUGCUAAAGAAAAAUCACUCUACAACAUUACAAAAGAGCUGGUUGGAAUAGGAGAAUCUCCAGCUUUGUGUGGAACAACAAGAUUUUAUGUGAAUGGAAGAAACAGGAACAUGUCUUACUUGCAAACAGCUUUCACUGUCAUUGAAAACUCGACUGUUUCAUUCGUGAAUCUUGUGGAAAUGGUGACAAGACUUCCAUGGCGGGAAAACGUGUGGGCUUUCGGUUUGAAAAUGGAAGACUGGACAGCGCUUUAUGUUCUAAAUCAAGAAACAUUUAGAAAUGUCACUGGUUUUAGCUUGGAUGUGUUUCGGUCCAAAACGCUCUUGCAGGUAUUUCAAGAGUGUUUACAGCUUCAGGCGGACAAUGAUACAGGUUUUCGUAUGAGAGAAAGCCAAAGCAGGGGACCCACGUUGGACAUUAUUAACGACCUGUUCAACACAAACGAAGAUGAACUCAUUCGGUUUGGAGGCAUGACCAAAGCGGAUUUUAAGAAGCUGUCUCCCUUUGAAGUGGUUCCACUGGUGUACAAAUAUCUGGAGGUAAAGUUCAGCGUGUCGUUAAAAACACUAGAAGCAUCGCUGAAAUUGCAGCCUGGAAAUAUAAAUAAGCUCGCACCAACCGAAUGGAAAGAGGUGAUUCCUUUUGUGAGGGCAGGAGUCAUUCGAGGUGGCCGUCGGCAGCUUCAUGUUAGUCUGUCAAAUUUCGCAAAGCUGCAACAAGAAACAGUGGAGAGCCUCCAGAACUUAACUCUGGCACAGUUGGAAUCAAAAUGGGACGACAGUGUGAUCAGGCUUUUAAAUAGUAAAUUGGCCAUGGAAAAUGAGUCAGUGCUUCAUAUCAUAACGUCUGUUGGCCUUUCAAAGGAGCCUCUUGGAGAGAUAACUGUAUUGGAUUUCACUGAAAACAAGAUAAACCUGACAAAAUCAGAACUAUUGCUACUUUACAACUUCAGCUCCAUUGGAAUUGAAGCACUUGGAAACUACACUUUCAACGAAGUCUCGCAAUAUUGCCAAAUCUCUGAGAACAAUCUUUAUAAUAAAAGGCCUCACGACAUCGUAGUCUCGCUUCUGGGACAUAAUAACGACAUGACAUGCCCCAAAGUUGCUUCACUUGUUGCUGCUGCGAUAACAACUGUCGAUGAACUGGCUGCAAAAUCAAAUUUUAAUGUACAAGAUGAUGUCAGUUUGUUAACGAUGUUUGAAGAUCAAUUUGAGCUACCAUGGCCAAAGAUUGCAUGGGCAGUGAAUGCCUCGCUAACCGACUGGCCCGCACUGGGUGCAACAUCUCUGUCCAAUAUCUCCACCCUGGUAUCAAAAUCCACAGGCGACUUAAAGCGUCUUAAAUCAUUGAGGGAAAUAACAAGUCAGCUAUUAGCCCUUUCAACAAAUUCUUAUACUAAGCUGUUAAACGACUACCGGGUUAAGCUAGUCAGCAAAGCAUCCAGUCUCUUUCACGUCAACUCCUCCAAGUUGUGUGAUAACUGCAGCAUCGUUAAUUUAUUGUGGAAAUCGCUCAUACAGCUCAAUUCUCAAAUUGAUUUUGAUCUCCAUAAUCUCCCUUAUGAAUUGAAGGUUUCUUCCUACGAGUUCAACUUAACUCUUCCAUCGCAGUGGUCACUGAUAGUAUUUCCAAUAGUAAAAGGAGCGUACGCUAAAGCUGCUCUAUCGCUAGAGAUGUCCCCUGCUCGCUUGGCAAUUCUCCUGGAUAUCCAACCUCCAACUAUCGAAAAUAUGACUGUCAAAGAUUUCCAUGAUGUCUUAAAGCAGUCUAUCCAGCCCUUGAUUUCUGCCAAGACCGCUUUGAUGAAAUCUUCUUUGAUGGACCUUAUCACCGCCAGCGGAAAUAAUUUUUCAGCCCUGAGGAACGACAGUAUCUUUGAUCUCAUCGACUCACUUAUCAAUAUUCCCAUUCAGAAUCUUACCUUCAUCUUCAACUGGACGGCAGAACAGCAGGCCAUACUCAAGAAUUAUACUCUGGAUGAUAUGAUUUAUUACAGGGGAGAGAAAGUUGGUAACGAAACCCUCUUCACUUUGGCCAGCUUCGUCUUUAGGGAAAAUCUACCCCCACGUACCCCAACACCGCCAACGUUACCCCCGUGUAAAAGAGGAUUGGUCAGGGAAGGAGAUAGCACAGAAUGCAAAGGUAAAUUUGUCGUUGAUUUUGAGAAUUCUUAAGUCAUGCUGUCCAAUUGACCUGUUCGUUAAGUAACUGUGCGAAGGCCAAAACGUUUUUUAUGUGCAGAAUUGGUCUUCGCCAGAAUGAGAGCAUUUUCGAUUUUCCUCCUUAUUUUAAUGUGAUUUUGCCUUUCAACAGGGACCUAUUUGCUGUCUUUUGCCCGCCCACCUCUCUACUUUAACGAUGUGUUGAACAAAGUGUUUUAAGUAGAUAAAGUUUAAAUGGCGUCGUUUGCUCCUCGGUACUUGUUAAACUUAGCUAAGAAGUGUUUCUUUUAUUACAUAGAUAUCGACGAGUGCGGCUCUGGAGUGUGUAGCAAGGACAGUCAGUGUCAGGACUAUCAUGGGGGUUUUGAGUGUGAAUGCAAAGUUCCCGGCCAUUUUAAAGCUAGUUUCAAUGAGACAUGCAAACGUGAGUAACAGUUAUAUUGAAUGUCACGCCUCAUCCUAUAGUUUCACAAUUUCUUCCCGAAGCUGUACUUUGGUAUUUGACAUAUUUUAAAAUGUAGGCUCAUUUUAACAAAUGAAGCCUGAAUGUACAUAUCUGCACCAAAAUGUCUUUUUUGCCAACUUGGGCUCAUGGAAGUGUAUUUUAGGUAAUUUAGUGUUAACAACUGGGUUGAAAACGUAAAUUAGCCACCGUAAAGGGUAAAAAAGCUGACGUUUCGAGCGUUAGCCCUUCGUCAGAGCGAUUGACGAAGGGCUAACGCUCGAAACGUCAGCUUUUUUACCCUUUACGGUGGCUAAUUUACGUUUUCAACCCAGUUGUUAACACUAAAUUACCUGCUAUACUCUCCCACCGACGCAGCACCACAGUUUCUUUAGAAACUUACCCUUUAUUCGAAGUGUAUUUUAGUCGAUCAAACCAAAAUAAGGCCUGGAGUGGAUGCAAAGAUUACAAGGAUGAAUAAAUUGGGAUUCUUUAUGAACUUUCGUCAACUGUUGGCACCAAUCAAGGUUUGACUCACAGGUCAUGCCUCCUAUUUUGCAGCUUGUAAGACAUUUAGAGGUACUCUGACCAUUUCAAACAAGGUAUUUGGAUUAUCCCUCAAGAACAAAGCAUCAGGGGGUUACUUCGAUUUCAAGGAAGAAUUUGAGACGACGGUAAGUCUCCAGACCAUGUGUCUUUCUAGAAGAUUGAAAGCAAACCUUUCAUGUUGCCUCUCUGAUUUAUUUAAAGUAAGGAAUUUAUCCUUGUAGAAUGUUGGGGAAGCUUAAAGAAAGAGACAGAAAUGGAAAUGGAAUCGGCAUCAUGGAGAUUAAAUACUUCAUGUUGUAGUAGCAAUAAUAUUUCACAGUGCCCUACUCUUGUUAAAAUAUUUGCUUUUCUUUAUUUCAGGUGAAUCAAGAAUUUAGGAAAUCAACAAUGAACCAAUAUUACUACGGCUGUAGAGUCAACAACUUCAGGUAUCAAUCAUGGCCCAAAAUUUGGAUUAAAAUUUCUCAUUUCUUAGACUCCUGCAUCGUGAUGGAAAGUAGCUUUGAGUGAGAACCUAGUGAAUGUGUUGACUUCUCUAAUAUGAAGCUAAACUCCUGUGUUAUAUUCCCCCUUCUCAAGAGAACAGUCGGGAAAACUAGGCAGGGAAUACCGCUGGGGAAAGCCCAUAAAGUGGACAAGCAUCUUUCCUAUAAAAGCAGCGACGAUCCCAGUUGCUUUAUGAUAAUGAAGCCGCGAAGAAGGCAACUGUUUCACAUGAGGGCCAUGUAUUCAUAAGCUGACUCAAUCAGUUGUACCUUUCCUUAUUUAGCUCUUUUCACUGCUAUUCAUCUAAAGGCCGCAUUUCUAAUCGCUUUUUUUCUAUCUACACUUUGUAGGAACGGUAGCGUCAUCGUUGACUUCCUGAUCUUCACAAGUCCACAGUUUUCUGGGUCCUUGCAGGAUUUACAAGAUGCCCUGGUAUCAAGAUUCAAUAAUUCACAUCUCGGCACAUUGAAAGUCAAAAAUCCUGAAAUUAUAGGUAAAAAUAAAAGUUUUUAAACACAAUAAUUGAUUUUGGAUAUCUUGAAGAAUUAAAAUUUUAGGAAUGGAUAAAUAAACCUUCAUAAAUCACCUGACGAGCGCCAUUUGAAGGCUUAGUUUGGUAUCUUUUGUGGUAUGAGGAACUCAAGUUUCAAAAUGUCAGCAUUUUUUUUAAGUCAUGAGGAUCUUUGAUUUGAUAUGGAUAAAAAGUUGAUGGAUAAUAAUGUCAAUAAAAUCAUAAGAAUACCUCCAUAGGGUUGUUAACUGGUAUACGACUGGAGACAUGUAAUUUAAUGUUGUGGUUAUGUCUAAAUGUAAAUCAACCUUCUUGUUAAAGAUUUUGAUGAGUGCGCAGCUCACCGCGAUGAUUGUGGCCAACAUGCGAGCUGUGUGAACACUGAAGGUUCUUUUGACUGUAAAUGCAAUGAUGGCUACGAUGGGGAUGGUAGAAAGUGUGAAGGUAAAAUAGUUGAACUGUUUUGUGAAUUCAAGGGUUUAGGGUUUAGCUUACCUGAGUCCAAUCAAGAGAUUGUAAUCUCCUGGUCCAAUUUAGCAAUAAGAAGGUUAUAAACCUAUCGACACUUCAAUAAUUACUGAAGAUCAGAGAGUAUUUUAUCGCAUGUAACAAUAUCUGGUUCCUUCUUGACACUCCUGGUAUGUUCUCGUAUCACAAAAGCGAUGGUGAAAAAAAUUGGCUUUAGAAACACGUACAGGACAGACUAUUGUAGUUGUCUGUCAGUUGUUUACUCAUAAUAAGCAUCCCAAAAUUAAUGAAAAGAUAGAAGAAUUCCAUCCUAUUACAUAUUUAUGCAGUCUUCUAAGGCUAGAGAAUCUUUUGAGGACCGUGAAGAACUCGGGUCAUCUUUUGAGGAACAGCUAUUAGUUGUGUAAUUUACAUGAGGUUCCAAAUGAAUUUUAUUUUGCCUUCUGCUCAUUGCUUACUUAGAAGUCCAAAGAGUGAUUGAGCUUUUCAACAAAUAUAAUCAUCUCACUUCAUCUUGAUUUUAAAAUUUUUUCAACAUUCUUUCAAACGUCGCCCAACAUCUACCUUCGUCAACAUUGUGGUCAUCUUGAUUUCCGUACACACAAAGUAGAGUAUCUGUGGAUUUACAUACAUUUGUUUUUGUUUAAUUUUUUUUUCUCAGCGGGAUUUUUUAAGACUAUGUGGUGGACUGUCAUCGUUGCAGCAUUCCUUCUUCUAAUAGUGGUUAUCAUUGUGGUAUGUUUGGUGGUGAAGAGACCCAAACCCUCUGGAAGGUACUUGUACCAACUUUACUCUGUAAUACCUCUUUCUGAGUGAACCGUUGUUUUUUAUGUGAACAAAACCGAAAAUUAAUUUGCAGAUAUUUACCUUUUGAUCUUAAUUGUCUGCUUUAGAUAUGGUCUAGAAACAGAUGCUGCUCUUUCAAACAAGAACAACAGACGGAACAGCGGUGCCAGCAAAAUAUCGUACCGUACUGGUGACGUUUAUUACAAGGAUAAAGAUGGGAAAAUGCGGCCGGGCACUGCACAUAGCUCCAGCUCCCAGGAGAAUGGGAGAUCCCACCCACCACACUUUGUUGACGAUGAGGAGGACGACAACGAAAAAUUUGAGCCAAGUGGUACGAUGAGAGCUAAAACGCCGUUUGAGCUGGCAGUUGAAAAGAACUCCAGGAAUGGAAACGUCUAUGAGCAGAGAACCGAGUUUCAAUUGUCUGAACUGCCUUCAAACGGGGCUAAUGGAGGAGUAAUGUCCUCCGUUGAGAACUAACAGUGAAUUGAAAAAAAAGGACUAACAGUGAUAAUAAAUGCAAAAAGUAGCCAGAAUAAGCUUGCUAAGCAGCCAUAAAACGACAGAAGGCCGAGGAAGGUGUCGUAUUUUGAUUCGAAGGACUCUAGAAACGAUGAACGACAUGAAAACAGAGUUCGUUAGUCUUAUUCGAGUCCAUUACGUCUCUUAGACCGUGCACCUUUGUAAAGUAAGCCUUUGGACCUAACUGCAUGAAGAGUAAAAUAUUCAAGAAAAAGAUUUAUGAGAUAAGUAAUACAAGAGAUGAGUUAAUGUAAAUCGAAACAUGGAUCGAUCUGCUUGAUAACAGAAGAUACCUUUAUCCUAUCCUUUGAAAGUUCCCCUUAACUAUUUUGAGACUAAUGUAAUAUUUAAAUUAGUGAAGAGGACACCAU